AAAAGGGUGUUUUUUUUUUUUUUUUUUUUUUUUCUUCAGACAAAGGCAUGGUUAGUCCGACCCUAGAGAAUGAACAUCCAGCCUCCUCGAAUUGCCUACCGUCCACCUCGGACGCCGAAAACGUGCGUGGGCUCAGCCUUGGCAGGUUUACCAAAAGCAUUGGACACAGCAUUCCGUGCACCUUAUUGCGUGCGGACGAACGUUUCAUUGUUCCUUCACCGCCAAGCACUACAUUUACUCAAACCGUUAUACGGCAUGAAGGUGGAGGUAUUUGUAAAAGAAGGGCCACGGUCGCUGCGAGAGUGAGAGACAUUUUCAUGCAUUUUUACAAACCAAAAUGGCACGGCCUAUCAGGUUGAUCCUCAAUGCCUUUCUCGCCGUGUUCCUGCUGUACAACAUCCGCCGGCUGGGCAUCUUCGCCCGUGACGAACUGCCGGGCCAGCCUCCUGCCCCACUUUCCCCUUCGCUCGACAGCAAUCCCAAGUUCGUCGACCUGAAGAACCGGCCAUUGCGAUAUCUCGUCACGAAAUUCCGGCAACUGCCAACAGGGAAACCAAAACAGCUGCCAAAAAUCCAGCAUGGCUUUCAAAAAGAAGACGCAGCAACGCAGAAGCUGCAAGAAAGCCGGCGCGGCGAAGUCAGGAGGGUGUUCGAGAAGUGCUGGCGCUCGUACAAAGCGUACGCAUGGAUGCAAGAUGAGCUAGCGCCCCUCAGCGGCAAAGGCAAGACGACACAGGGCGGCUGGGCGACGACGCUGAUCGACGCGCUGGACAUGCUCUGGCUCCUGGACAUGAAGACGGACUUUGAGGGCGCGGUCAAUGCCGUCAUGCACGUCGACUUCACGCCCAUCGCCGCCAACCAAACCAUCAACGUCGCCGAGACGACGAUGCGCCACCUGGGCGGCCUGCUCUCGGCGCACGACCUCAGCGGCGACAAGCGCCUGCUGCGCAAGGCCGUCGAGCUCGCCGACCUGCUGCUCUACCCCGCCUUCGACACGCCGAACCACCUCCCGCUCACGCAGUGGCAGCCAGGAGGGCACGACCCGCAGCUCGCAGCGCCGCGCGUCCCGCUCGCCGACCUCGCCUCCCUAUCCCUCGAGUUCACGCGCCUGUCCCAGCUCACCCACGACCCGAAAUACUACGACGCAGCGGCGGGCGUGGUCGACGUCCUCGCCGCCUGGCAGGACCGCUCCGCCCUGCCGGGGCUGUGGCCCGACGCCGUCAACGCUGAGCAAGCGGCUGCUCGUUUCGUGGACGCGGACACCACCACUCCCGCGCGCUUCUCGCUCGGCCCUGCCGCCGCCGCCGCUUACGCCCUCCUGCCUAAGACGUGGGCACUGCUGGGUGGCCGCGCCGACGUCUAUAAGACGCUGUACGAGAAGGCCGCGGACGCCGCGCUGCGGCACCUCGUCUUCCAGCCGAUGACACCGACAGGCGCGGACAUUUUGGUCGCGGGCGCGGCGGUUGCUGGCAGCGCUUCGUUAUCAUCAUCAUCAUCAUCGUCGUCGUCGUCGUCGUCGUCUUCGGCUGGAGAAAGGGGUGCAGGUGGUAGUGCCUCGCUCGUCCCCGAGAUCCAGCACCGCGCCUGCGCCGCAGGCGGCAUGUUCGCGCUUGGGGGCCGGCUGUUCGCGCGCCCGGCGCACGUCGCCGCUGGCACGCGCCUCGCCGACGGCUGCCACUACGCGUACGCGGCAUUCCCCGGGGGCGUGAUGCCGGAGCGCGCGCACAUGGUGCCGUGUCCGGCCACUGGCAACACCAACACUGGCACUGGCACUGGCACUGGCGCGCCCCCCUCCUCCGCCCCAUGCGCCUGGAACACGACGCUCUGGCACUCUCACAUCGCGCGCGCACACGGCACCAGUCCGGCCGACGACGACGCGCUGAUAGCGCGCCGCCGGCUGCAGCCGGGCUUUGCGCGCCUCGACGACCGCCGCUACCUCCUAAGGCCUGAGGCCGCGGAGGCCGCCUUCGUCGUUUUCCGCGCUACGGGCGACACGGAGCUGCGUGAUGCCGCGUGGGAUAUGUUCAUGAGCGUGGUGACGGCGACGGAGACAAGGCUGGCGAACGCCGCGUUGCAGGAUGUGACGGUUGUGGAUGGCGCGAUGAUUAAGAUUGAUGUUAUGGAGAGUUCCUGGAUGGCCGCGACGCUCAAGUACUUCUACCUUAUUUUCAGCCCGCCGGAGAUCCUCAGCCUCGACGACUACGUCUUCAACACCGCAGCGCAUCCUUUCAGGAUCCCGAAAUAGGCUGGGCUGGUCCACGGAGCCCUCGGCCUGGUGCCUGGACUGAAACGAGAGGUUGAUCGUGCGGUUUGCAGAGACAGGGAAAGAGGACGAGAAAGAAGGGGAGAGAGAGAGAGAGAGGGAGAGAGAGAGAGAGAGGGAGAGAGAGAGAGAGAGAGAG